UUCUUCUUCAUAAGCUUCAUAAGCGAGAAGCGACAGUGUUAUAUUUUUAUAUUCGUUUUAUUCCGUAAUCCCAUUUGUUAAAUAAUUAGUUUGGCCCUAUGCGCAACCUAAAUGUCGGUAUUGGUUUCACUCUGUUUGCUUAAAAUUGAAAUAGUUGUAGACGAUAAAAACGGGAUGAGUGCUUCCGAAGAAGCAAGUGAAUCUGCCGGGGCAGUUUCGAACGAGCACCCAACCAAUCCGCGGCUGCAGCGAGAAAUGCGAGGCCAACGAAAGCCCAAGAAAAUUACAAUCGAAAGUUAUCGCAAUCGAUUGGACUCGUCAGAGGCUGGAGCGGGUGGUGAUGAAUCGCGGGGUGUACUGCCGAAGAGCUCCCGAGAGCAGACGCCACUGGACGAAAUACCGCCCGCUCCGAUUCCAGAGUUUCCCGGAGAAAUCAACUUUUUCUCGGGCAAUCCAUUUGUCGAGGUCACCAAGGGUAUUUUGCACCUGUACAAGCGGAACGAACGUGCGGAUGCCACUGAGGGACCAUCCCGGACGCUUUGCUUGAUUGCCGUACCAUCCUCGUUGAAUUGUCAUGAUAUUCUGAACUUUAUCGCUCCUUGUCACUCGGUUAUUCAGCAUGUAAGAAUUUUGCGUGACGGCUCUCCGAAUCAGUUUAUGGUUCUGCUGGAGUUCCGUUGCGUUGAAGCGGCUUUUGAAUUUUACCAAACAUUUAACGGAGCUCCGUACAAUAGUUUGGAACCGGAUUCACUGUGCCACGCAGUGUGGGUUUCCGGUGUUGAAUGGGGAGACGAUGGGUGGGCACCGCCUGGCCACACCGAGCUCCCUACAUGUCCGGUGUGCUUGGAGCGGAUGGACGAAAGUGUGGACGGAGUUCUGACCAUUCUGUGCAAUCACGCUUUCCAUGCCGGAUGUCUGAUUAAGUGGGGAGACUCGACUUGCCCCGUAUGCCGGUACAUUCAAACACCGGAGCUGUCGGAAACUUCUGUUUGCAUGGAAUGCGAAGGAACUGAGGCGCUUUGGAUUUGUUUAAUCUGCGGUCAUAUAGGGUGCGGUCGUUAUCAAGGGGGCCACGCUGCCUCGCAUUAUCGCUCGACCAAUCACACUUAUGCUCUGCAAUUAGGUACCAAUCGGGUAUGGGAUUAUGCUGGCGAUAAUUUCGUUCAUCGCCUAUUGCAAAGCAAAUCAGACGGUAAGCUGGUUGCAACGCAAUCACCGGGUAACGACGGAGAAGAGAAAAUCGACUCGAUGCAGCUUGAAUUUACAUAUCUGCUCACGUCUCAGUUGGAUGCGCAACGAGAUUACUACGAGGAUAAACUGAUCCGCCUGGAAUCGAGUUUAGCCGGGGAAAAACAAAAACUAUUGCAUGAGGCCGAACAAAAUAGGAAGAAGAACACGCUGCUUGAAAGCAAAAUCCAAUCACUGAGCAAAGAAAAAAGCAACUUAGAGAAGAAGGUGAAUCAAAUGACGACAAAAAUGACUACAAUUAUGAAGGAAUUGGCAGAGGAGAAACAGUUCGGAAAAACUCUGCAAGCCAAUCAAUCGUCUUGGCAGGUCAAGUUCGCCGCCCUGGAGAAGAAAUGCAACGAGAAGGAUCAGGAAGUUGCCGAACUGAAAGAACAGGUUCGCGAUUUGAUGUUCUACUUGGAAGCGAAAAACAAAAUUGCCAGUUCGGAUCUGAAGGAUGAAAUAGAAGGAGCCACGGUUGAGGUUCCAGCAGCAGCCAAGGGUGCCAAAAGGCGCAAUAAAAAGAAGUAAAUGUUUUUUUUUGGUGUGAUUCUGAAUUUUAGCUUUCAGUGUUAGUGACAUUUUGGCUUAGGUGGCUAAAUAUAUUUCACUCAAUAAUGGUAUUUUUACUAGAAGUUAUGAUUGUGAUACUUCACUGCGAUAAAAUAAACCCAUGC